AUGGCUGACAAAUUUUAUUCUGGAUCUCCAUCAAGGGGCUCAUCUGCAGGGCUGAACCAAGGCCUAGGUCCAUAUUCGUCUCCGUCAACUCCUCGUCGAAAUAAAAAGAAGGUGGUUUACAGUGAUCGUCAUAUACCCUCCCGAACAAAUAUUGAUUUACAGACCGCCUUUAGUUUGGCAACAACGGAUUAUGCUACUAAUGCAUAUUCUUCAGCCAUAUUAAAUGAAAGCCCUACCAAUAUGACCUCCUCAGUAAAUGAUCCAGAUUUACUGAGAGAAGAAGAGGAAGCCAAUAUGACUUUUGAUUCUGUUUUGAAGACUGAAUUGUUCGGUGAUAAUAUUCCCACUUCCUUCACAAAGAGGAAUAAUACAAGCUCAACUUUAAGCUCAAGACAAGAGACGCCCCCACCCAGAAGUGCUGGAAGUGAUAUGAGCAACACGAAUAACCGGAGGAUGUCAAGUAGUAUCCUGGAUGACGAGGAUUAUGAAGAGGCCAGGACCAGGGAAGAGUUGUUAUUAAGAACACCAAAGAGGAAAACACAGGGCAAUCUUUUCACUUAUCAAUCUCCAAGUAGGACACGCCCCACAUCCUCGUCAAUGAAUGUACAGAAUGAACUAUACUCUAUAUCUCCAGUGAGAGCCGAUACUCAAAGUAUACUUUUAUCCCCACCAAAAAAGACAAGGAAUAUUCCAAAGGUUCCGUAUAGGGUUCUCGAUGCACCUGAUUUGGCCGACGAUUUUUACUUGAAUUUAGUCGAUUGGGGAUCCCAAGAUGUCUUGGCGGUUGGGCUAGGAUCUUCUGUUUAUUUGUGGGAUGGAGCCUCAGGCUCUGUUAAUCAACUUUGUGAUUUAGGGGACAACGAAAGCAUCUGUAGUGUGUCAUGGAUAGGCUCGGGGACCCACGUAGCCAUUGGGACCAAUUCAGGACUUGUCGAGAUCUGGGAUGCUACCAACUGCAAAUGCACUAGGACCAUGACUGGCCAUUCUAUGAGGGCAUCAUCGUUAUCGUGGAACAAACAUAUUCUUUCAUCUGGAUCAAGAGAUCGAUCAAUUUUACAUAGAGAUGUUAGGGAACCCGCUCAUUUCAUGCAAAAGUUGGAACAUCAUAAGCAAGAAGUUUGCGGCCUAACGUGGAACAUAAAUGAAGACAAGUUGGCCUCUGGUGGAAAUGAUAAUAAUUUAAUUGUUUGGGAUGGUCUUAAUACAGAACCUUUGUACAGAUUUACAGAGCACCAAGCCGCUGUUAAAGCAGUUGCUUGGUCUCCUCAUCAGAGAGGUAUCUUGGCAUCUGGCGGUGGUACAGCAGAUCGGAGAAUCAAAAGCUGGGACACAUUAACAGGCAAUAAGGUACAUGAUGUUGAUACAGGAUCUCAAGUUUGUAACUUAAUGUGGUCCAAAAAUUCAAAUGAAUUGGUUUCAACACAUGGUUAUUCACGGAAUCAGAUUGGUAUCUGGAAAUAUAACUCUAUGCAGCAAAUAGCAUCUCUUACUGGCCAUUCUUAUAGAGUCCUAUACCUAUCCAUGUCUCCAGAUGGCCAAACUAUUGUUACUGGUGCAGGUGAUGAAACUUUAAGAUUUUGGAAUGUCUUUGAAAAGACAAAUGGCGAUCAAAAUAGCUCCUCUGUACUAUUAGAUGCAUUUAUGCAAUUGAGAUAA